GCAGACUCGAUCAAUGAGAUGGAGCCGGAGAAACUAGAGCAGCUAGGGGAUGUCGAGUCCGGCAAAAAUGAUCUCGUGCCCACAAUCAACUACACAAAGGACGAGGAGCGCGCCGUCGUGUGGAAGCAAGACCGUCUCAUCAUCCCAUUGACGGCCUCCAUCUACUUCCUGUGCUACCUGGACCGCUCCAACAUCGGCAACGCGCGCAUCCUCAACUCGGCAGCCCACAAUGACAUGCAGACGGAGAUCGGGGCGACGCCCUAUCAGUUCAACAUUGCUCUCAUGAUCUUCUUGGUCGCCUAUGCCAUCUUCGAGGUCCCGUCCAACAUCCUGCUCAAGAAAUUGCGCCCCUCGCGCUGGCUGGCGUUCCUCAUGUUUUCGUGGGGCGCCAUCACCAUCGGUCUCGGCGGCGUCCAGACUUUCUCGGCCACGGCUGGCGUCCGUUUCUUACUUGGGGCGUCCGAGGCCGGCUUGUUCCCCGGCCUCGUGUACUAUCUCACUUUCUGGUACAAGACCGACGAGAGAAGCGUCCGCGUCGCCUUCAUUCUCGCCAGCGCCACGUUGGCAGGAGCCUUUGGCGGCGCAAUCGCCUAUGGUAUCGGACAUAUGAACGGCGCACAUGGCCUGUCGGCCUGGCGCUGGCUCUUCAUUAUCGAGGGUGUUCCUUCCUGUCUAUCGGCCUUCUUGGUCUACUUCUUCCUGCCAGACUACCCAGAAGAAUUCCACAAAGGCAAGGGUCGCGAAAUCUCACUGGCGCGCCUGCACAUCGAGGGGAGUAAGAGCCACCACAGCAGUAUGACGUGGCAGGAUGCCAAGUCGACACUUACUGACUGGCGCCUGUAUGGCCAUUAUCUCAUCUACUUUGGCGUUUCGGUGCCAUUCAGCUCGCUUUCACUGUUUACGCCUUCCAUCACGGCUGGUUUGGGCUACGUUGAUCUCAAAGCCCAGCUGAUGACGGUUCCACCCUAUGCCGUGGCCUAUGUGGUCCAACUUUUUGUGUCCUAUUCUGCUGAUCGCUUCAACUCCCGCGGAUUACAUAGUGCUGUUGUGGCCUUUAUCGGCGCCGUCGGCUUCAUGACAUCGGCUCUUUUGGACCCCAAGGCCUACCUGCAGAGAUACGGGUGCCUGAUCCUGGCUUCGGCUGGUGCGUUUUCGUGCAUUCCGCCCUUGCUGGGCUGGCUAACGUCCAACGUGUACUCGACGGCGUCUGUGGGGCUUGCCGUGGCGCUCAACGUUGGCUUUGGCGCCGGCAUGGGACAGAUUCCUGGUGUGUGGAUCUACAAGAGUGACGAGGCACUGAGGGGGUAUCCAACGGGCCAUUGGGUCAAUGCCGGCAUGCUGUUCUUUGUCGCGGUUGGAUCAGUGGCCCUGCGGCUCCUUUACGGCUACAAGAACCGAAAGCUCCGAGAGGGUGGCCCGGAUGUCCGCCUGUUUAAGCUUUGAGGGGGCAUUUUACUGUUGCUCUUUUUGAUUUGAAAGGGGUAGUUUGGGAUAUUUUAC